GUUUGGGACAGUGGGUGCGCUGAAGCUUGCUCUGUGCUCCCGGUUCGCUGUGACAGGCGGUCCCUUCCCAGAUCUCGGGACGGAUUGGGCGCGCGCCCAUGUGUAUGUGAGCGGGACUCAGGGCAGAGGUGUCCCCUCGCUGUCUUUUUUUCCUGCCUUUUAUCCAAAGAAGGGGGCAGUUCGCACGCUUGCCUUCCUGUCCCCCGUUGGGAGCGGGGUUGGUGUGCGGAGUGGUUCGUCUUUUUUCCUUUUAAAGUUCUGAGCGCUUUAUUUUUUAAUUUUUAUUUUAUUUUUUUAAGGCUAAGCCACCUGGGCUGGUUUCCUUGGUCCCUGACUAAUCGCUUUCUGCCCCUUCUCUUGCCACCCCCGCCCAAGGUCGCCCCUCUGCCCUGGUCCCUGGCCCGGGAGGGUGGGAAGCUUUGUCCCACUCCCUUUUCACACGCGUCUCCGCAGCCGUAACCGCACCCGCCUCAAUAUGAAUGGGGUCAACGACCCCCCACUUUUUAUAAAAGAUAUUAAGCCCGGACUGAAAAACUUAAAUGUCGUCUUUAUUGUCCUGGAGAUAGGACGCGUGACCAAAACCAAAGACGGCCAUGAAGUGAGAUCAUGUAAAGUGGCCGAUAAAACGGGCAGCAUCACUAUUUCCGUGUGGGAUGAAAUCGGAGGUCUCAUACAACCAGGGGAUAUUAUUCGAUUAACCAGAGGAUAUGCGUCCAUGUGGAAAGGAUGUCUGACACUUUAUACUGGGAGGGGUGGAGAACUUCAAAAAAUUGGGGAAUUUUGUAUGGUUUAUUCAGAAGUGCCAAAUUUCAGUGAACCUAACCCAGAUUACCGAGGACAACAAAACAAAGGGGCACAUAGUGAACAGAAGAAUAAUUCCACGAAUAGUAAUAUGGGUACAGGUACAUUUGGACCAGUGGGAAAUGGGGUUCAACCUGGCCCAGACUCAAGGGGAUGUCAAUUUUCAUAUGCUGGUAGAAGCAAUGGCCCGGGAGCUAUAAAUCCACAGCUACCAGGAACAGCUAAUAAUCAGACAGUCAUUACCACAAUAAGUAAUGGCAGGGACCCGCGGAGAGCCUUUAAAAGAUGACCUAUGCCAAAUACUCACAUGUAGUUUUUAAACUACGUGUCCUACUUGAACACUUACUGCACUUUUAUUUAUUGUUAACUGUGAAAACUGUGUUCUUUAUCAGUUUCUUUUUCUGUUUUUGGUUUGUUAACGAAAGUGGUUUGUUUUUAUAGCAAAACUGUUAAGCUGCUCAAAUCUCCUGUUGAAGAUGGGAAUACGCUGAAAGUAGGGGCAUUUAUUUCUAGAGCAAAAGUGCUUUUGGAUAUCCUCUAAAAAACCCGCACCCAUUUCAUGGGUGAGUUACUUAAGACAUCAGCAUUAUAGCCUCUAUGAGUCUAUCUUCUGCAUACAUUUUGUAAUAUUUAAAAUAAGGCUUAGUGGGAAAUGUACUCUGUCUUAAAGUCAGAUAUUGCCAAUUAAAGUGAUAACCACCAAAAAAACAACAAAAACUUGAUCAGUGCUAGCAGUGAUUUGUAAGCGUUCAUGACUCCAGGAAUGACUAACCUCUUCAUUGGGUGACUGCCAUUAAGAUUUUCCAACUACUGGAUCAUCCUAAACUCUUGUUUUAUUACCAAGGAACACAUUCUUUACCAGAGUUACAGAUUAGAAUGUGAUCAGUAGUAUAACAAGUGAUUUUUAGAAAGCCACAUUUACUUUAUUUUAGGGUGGUCCUUUAUCUUUGUUAUCAACUUUAUGCUUUACACUGAAGGAAAUUUAAAACUGAGGCUUUGGGUAUUUAUUUUUUGAAACUAUCAUGUUAAAUAUUAAAGUAUAAUUUGAGGGAGUUAUAAAGUCAUAAUAAACGAUCUAAUUUGUUAAAAGUUAUGGGCAGUAAACAUAGUGAAGGCAAUUCAAAUUGAAUUCACGGAGAAAUAUGCCGUCUUAGGUUACAGGAUCCUAGGUACUUGUAAAAACUCAGCCUGGAGUAAAAAUCCUAGGUACGUACUUUAUUUGAAGGGUGUGUUGUGUGCGUGUGUGUGUGUGUGUGUGUGUGUGUGGUGUAUUAAAGUUUCUGAAGAAAAUUUACAAAGCCUUAUCAGCAAUAGUUAAGAAAUGGCUCUCUCAGAAGCAAAUGCAGCUUUAUGCAGAAAUGGAAAACCAGAGUUUAUUUAUGUGUUGUGAAUGGUCCCCAGUUCCACUUUCUAUUGUGGGGUGGAUAACUGGUCAAACUUUCCUUUGUUAGCAUUCAGCUCUUUUUAUUAUCUCUUGAAUAAAAACUUGCAUUAAUGUUAACAGA